GUGCUCGGCAGCCGCGCCCCUUGCCGGGCAGGUUAUAAAGCAGCCGCCUCAUUCCAAUCCCGACUCCCCAACAGACGCAGCCGCUGGAGCAGUCGCGUAAAGCAGCAGGAAAAGCAGCGCAGCAUGCCGGUGGUUCUCGGGUACUGGGACAUCCGCGGGCUUGCCCACUCCAUCCGACUGCUGCUGGAAUACACGGGCACCGCGUACGAGGACAAGAUGUACAGCUGUGGGGAAGGUGAGUGGUGCAGGCAGGGAGCAAAGCUAGCCCUCCCCAGCUCAUUGAGUGGAAAGCGUUCUGAGGGGCCAGGAACGGCUCGUUUGUGUAGGAGCUCUGCUGAGACACCCCUUUCCCUUGCCAGGCGAAAGGCUCUAGUGAGCCUGCUGGUGGCUGUGAGGGCCUCUUGCCUGGCUGACUUGGACUAUCUCCCAGGUGGCGAGACGGAGGAGGAGAUGCUGCGAGUGGACAUGCUGGAGAACCAGGCCAUGGAUUUCCGUAUGAGCCUUGUAAUGAUCUGCUACAAUCCUGACUUUGAGAAACUGAAGUCUGGCUACUUGGAGCAGUUGCCUGGGAAGCUGAAGCUGUUCUCUCAGUUCCUGGGGAAGAGGAAGUGGUUUGCUGGGGAAAAGAUCACUUUUGUUGACUUUGUCAUGUAUGACAUCCUGGACCAGAACCGCAUGUUUGAGCCCAAGUGCCUGGAUCAGUUCCAAAACCUGAAGGAUUUUCUUGACCGCUUUGAGGCCCUGGAGAAGGUCGCAGCCUACAUGAGCUCUAGCCGCUUCAUGAAGACUCCCGUCAACAACAGGAUGGCCAAAUGGAGCAACCAGAAGAAGUAGAUCUGUGUGGAAGGGAGGGGCUGGAGAGGAAUAAUCCAGAGCCCCUGUCAUAACUAUAAAGGGAAGGGUAACAGCUGUCCUGUGUACAGUACUAUAAAAUCCCUCCUGGCCAGAGACUCCAAAAUCCUUUUCCCUGUAA